GAGUACGACAUCUCCCAAGCCCAUGACGGUGGUCGAUGCCGAUUGGUCGUGUUGCGAAGCUCCGGACAGGUACAGUGGAGAACAAAGUAUCAUUAGAGAUCGACCUGCAGGGGGCGGGGCUUGAGUUGCAGAUGAUAGACGCGGAGUCGGCUCCAGGACAGGUAAGCUAUACGCGCAAUUCGUUCUAGCAAUGUGUCUGUUGAUGCGCUACCGACAGUUCGAAGUUGUCACCGGCCCUCUGUCCCCGCUCGAGGCAGCCGACGCGGUUGUACAUACCAGAGAGACCAUCUACAACGUCGCCAGCAAGCAUGGCCUCCGUGCUACGUUUGCACCACGGCUGCACGCCGACAUCUGUACAUGAGUCCUCUUCUCAACAGAUCACCCCGGCGUGCGCCUGACUCGUCUCUCGCAGGUGGCAACGGGUCCCUCUCUGUUGAUCUAGACUAAACAAAUCGACGUGCUCUAGAAGGUUUCGACGAGGCGGAUAACGGUCGCCUCCUCGGUAGGCAGCGUCAUAUGUUCCUCUAACAACUGCACCAUCGACGGUACUCGUGAGUACAUUGCUUCCCUGCUGAGGAAGCGGACUCACCUUGCUCACUCCCAGAUAUAUGC